AAGAUCUUAGAAAUAUAUGGGUUCAUACACUUAGUGUUGCAAAAGAAGGUUUGGAUGAUAUAUUAAAAGUGUUAAAGUCAUUAAUACAAAAAUAUUUAGAUAAUGAUAUUUAUGUACAUAUUGAAGAAUGUGUGUGGAAGUAUUUGUUAUAUGACGGUAUAUGGACAAAAAAUCAUUUUAAAUUUUGUCAAACUAUAGGAACUGAAGAAAUAGAAUACAAUAAAAGUUUUUUUUUUAAUUAA